ACCCAGCAGCCUUACAGGUCAGGCACGUUACAGCAAAAAGCUGUCCGGAAGCCAUGACUGAGAAGACGGCGUGGUACAGGCGGAUGCCCACCGCUGCUUUGCAGCGGGGCUUCACGCUGCCAAAUUUGCUGAACAUCACUUACGUGGACACCGCCAAGGUCUCCGGGUGGUUCAACCAGCGCCGGAAGCCCUCGGGCCUGAGCCGUGGCCCGCCCCCCAAGGCGUCCUGCAAACAGAUCUUCCAAGCCUUCGGCAAGCUGUACAAGCCGUACUUCUGCGACAAGAAGUCCAGGUGGAGGGCCUGGCCCCUGCUGCUGAUCUGCGUCAUCUUCAUGUACUUUGAGGUCCAAACCGGCGUAGAUAUCUCCGACGCCGUCAAGGACGUCAACAACGCGCUGGUGGCGCAGGAAAAGGAUCAGUUCUAUCAGGAGCUGCGGAAUGCCGCGCUGAUCGCCGUGAGGCUCAUUCCCAUCCUCUUGAUGCACUUGGGAGCUGCUUGCUACCUCGCGCUGGACUGGCGCAAGUACCUGACGCAGAAGGUGCUUGAUAUGUAUGUGGACGAGAAGCAGUGCUUCUACCGCCUCAAGACAGAGUAUGGCAACUUGGACAACCCGGACCAGCGCAUAGCUCAGGACAUAGGCAACUUUUGCCGUAUGUCCCUGCGCUUGAUGUCCGCGCUGGUUUUGGAUGUCUUCAAGAUUGCGGCCAACUCUGCCGCGCUCAUCCAAAUCUCCGCUUUCCUGUUCUACACCUUAGUUGGCUGCUCCUUCCUCUACACAUUUGUGUCCCUCGUCAUCUUCGCAGCUCCCAUGAUGCGUGUCCAGCGCCGGAUCUUGGCGGUGGAGGGCGACCUCCGCUAUGUGCUGGUGCGCUUGCGCGAGCAUGCGGAAUCUGUUGCCUUCUUCCGGGGCCACCAAUACGAGCGCCAAUGCAGCGACAAGGUUCUUGACCACGUCAUUUGGUCCAACUACAAGAAAGCUGCCAUCGAAGUGACCUUCCGUAUGGUGACAGGCGUUGUGCAGAUGGCUUUCAUGUUGAUGCCUAUGAUGAUCGUUGCGCCCAUGUUUCUCUCAGGCGCGGUAACCUUCGGCACCAUCCAGCAGAGCCAGAUCCUCUUUGCCAACCUCAUGAGCGGCAUGAUGGACUUGGGCAAGGAGUUGGACUCCUUCGCCUCUCUGGGCGCAGAGUCGGUGCGCGUGCAGGAGCUGUGGGAUGCGCUUGAAGAGGUUCACGCUACGGAGAGAGAGGGACAAGACAAGGAGGAUGAUACCACCACCAUCGGCGCCUCCUCGGAUGCAGAGAGCACAUCGGAUCUCGAGAACUCCUCUCAGGCCAGCGAGGUUGACGAGGACUUGGUGCUUCAGGAAUUGGACAUGUCAACCCCGGUGCGCUUGCAACUAUGCUCGGUGGCGCUGUUCCCACCGCUGAGCAAAGAGCCUUUGCUCAGCAACAUCUCCCUGACCCUCCGGGAAGGGGAGUCGCUGCUCAUCGAGGGCCCCUCGGGCACUGGGAAGAGCUCCUUGCUGCGGGCCAUCGCGGGGCUCUGGAGCCGCGGCCACGGCACGAUACGUCGAACUGCCGUGUCCAGGUGUUUCUUUGUGCCGCAGAAGCCCUACCUUUGCUUGGGCAGUCUGCGGGACAACGUCCUCUAUCCCUCCACCCAGCGCCUGGACGUGUCUGACAACGACGUCGUACAGGUCCUAGGGACUCUCGGCAUCAGCCACCUCGCGGAGAGACACGGCUUAGACACGGAGCUGGACUUCGACAAUAUUCUUUCAGGCGGCGAAAAGCAGCGUUUAGGCUUUGCGCGCCUACUGAUCCAAGAGGACGUCGCUCUAGCUCUGCUGGACGAGGCUACCUCCGCGCUGGAUGAGCAAAACGAGCACAUAGCCUACGAGCUCCUUCAGAAGAAGGUGCGGUGCUACGUAUCGGUGGGGCACCGGCCAUCGCUGGUGGCCUGCCACACCACCAGGCUGAAGCUCCAAAGGCCCGAGAAGAAGCCGGACCAGGCCGAAGAAAUUGUCUGAGAGCGUCGAGGCCCACGAAGCGCCCUUCGUGUGACGCUAUUUUAAUCCCCGUGGGGACGGAAAUUGUCUCCUUUUGCUUAGCGAUGUCCAACGCCCCAAGACUAAGACCGUCGAUCCGCCGAGUCGUCA